UGGUCAAACUCUUUGACUUGAACAACAGGAUCAAGUGAAGUAAUCAGGCGUUUUUUUUUUAUAUCAAGUUUGUGGGAGAGGUUUUUCACUCAGUGGGAGGUGAACAGUUGUUGUUUUUUUUUAACCUGAUUUCCUGAAGUUCUAUCAGACUUAACUAGAAUAUAAUCAUUCUGUUAGUCGGGAAUCACCAGUGACUGAUGGACAUCGAGAGCUAGAGAUUGUGUUCCUUGUGAUGUGCGUUGUUGGCACCAUCUCAGCCCCCUCAAGACGUUCAUGGGAAAAAAGCUCCAGAGGGGAAGGACCUGCUCCGGGGAAGAGGACGGCAAAGGAGCUCAGCACCAGGAGAGAAUGAAGGCAUUUAGAGACCUGUUCAUGGAGCUCAAGCGGUGACAUCUGAAGUGGAGUUUUUUUGUUUCCUAUCUGUUUGAGCAGCUUAGCAGGUGUGAAGAAGUGGUAACAGCUGUUUGGUGGAUGUCUCUGAAAGUGUUGGAGGUGAGGAGGCUGAGUGCCCGUCUGCAGCUAUGGUCGUUGAGACGAGCUUUCCUCCCCCCUCAUCAUCAUCAGUGAUCCUACCGUUUGUCUCAGCAUGUCGGACUCCUCUGCUGCUUCCAUCCUCUACAUCGUCUUGGAGCUGCUGAUUGCCGUCUUCUCCGUGCUGGGCAAUGUGCUGGUCUGCUGGGCCGUGUGCCUCAACAGCAACCUGCAGACCAUCACCAACUUCUUCGUGGUGUCGCUGGCUGUGGCCGACAUCGCCGUGGGGGUCCUCGCCAUCCCCUUCUCCAUCGUCAUCAGCAUCGGCUUCUGCUCCAACUUCUACGGAUGCCUGUUCAUCGCCUGCUUUGUGCUGGUCCUCACCCAGAGCUCCAUCUUCAGCCUGCUGGCCAUCGCUAUCGACCGCUACAUCGCAAUCAAGCUGCCGCUCAGGUACAACAGCUUGGUGACAGGGGAACGUGCACGAGGCAUCAUCGCCGUCUGCUGGGUUCUAUCCAUCAUCAUUGGUCUGACUCCCAUGAUGGGCUGGAACAAGCAGCAGUCCAAGAGUGACGACAACAGCUCGUGCCCCCCUAACCUGAUGAAGUGCUUGUUUGAGGAGGUGGUGGUCAUGGAGUACAUGGUCUACUUCAACUUCCUUGCCUGUGUGCUGAUCCCCCUGCUGCUGAUGUUGGCCAUCUACCUGUGCAUCUUCAUGGCCGCUCGGCGCCAGCUGAAGCUGAUGGAGGUGAAAGCGCUCCACGGGGAGAGGUCUCGCUCCACGCUGCAGAAAGAGGUCCAGGCCGCAAAGUCUCUGGCCAUCAUCGUCGGGCUGUUUGCCGUCUGCUGGCUGCCUCUGCACAUCAUCAACUGCUUCACCCUCUUCUGCCCGCACUGCGAUCGCCCCCAGCCCUGGAUCAUGUACGUGGCCAUCAUUCUCUCGCACACCAACUCUGUGAUCAACCCGUUCAUCUACGCCUACCGCAUACAGGAGUUUCGGAAAACCUUCCGGAAGAUCAUCCAGCGCCACAUCCUGGGCCGGCAGGAGCUGCUCGAGAGCCGCGGCUCCGCCCACAACAGCAUCAGCGACUCCAUCAGACUCAAUGCGAACUGCGUUAGCAUCGAUCGCUUCUCUGAGCACAGCAGCUGCAGCAACGAGAGCUCCUAUCGAUGCCCUGCUCGGAUCUCUCCAGUAGGGGGCGGUUUAGUGGCGGUAUCCCACCCCCCUCUGUCGGUGGUGAUUCCCUUCUAUCCUAAGAUGGGCCCCUGUCCACUGCAUGCACUCAGACAGGCUCAGAUCCCCACAGACUGCGCUGGACCAGAAGACGUGCAGAAUAAGGACAAGGAGAACCUCAGCUCAGCCCAGAUCACAUCCCUGUUAAACAAGCAGAGGAGGAAGAAUGGCUUCAACGAGCUCGCAAAGGCAUCCUGACACACGAGCAGGAGGAAUGUUUUUUUUUACAUAUGUAAGAGUUUAACUUCAGCUCCUCAGGAGGAAGUAAAGAAUCUGAAUAAUUCCUUAUCUGCAAUGACAAUGGAAACAC